UAUGUAAGGUGGGAGGAGUUGGAUCUGGAUCCAACCACGCCUCCGGACACCCCCCAAAAGCGACGCUCUGUAGGCGACCCGCACCGUUUAGUUUGCUCGUAAUGAACAGGUAGAGUUGCGUUGUGGAAAAGGAGUGUUUGUGCGGCGUCUGACAGUGUUUACGUGAGAUAAACCCCGUGGACGCGAUGAUUCUUACGAAACUAACCGGGAACAGGCGAAUUUGAAACUUUUUUUCGAAACUUUCCUCCUCUCUCUCUCUCAGAUUUGGAAUCAGAUCAUUCCAAAAACACACGCGCAGUUGCCUUUGGUGUCAUUUUACGCGUUAACCGGAGGGACUUUGGAUAAGAGCGCGCGGUGAUCUCGCCGGGAUGUUUUUACGUGUGUUUGAACGUUCCUCUUCGGUUCCAUCCGUAAUGUUGGGAUUUCUGCUGGAUCUUUAGCUGUGUGGGAAAGACAUGAGCUCUGGAUAUGGGUCUGUGUCUGGGCUCAGAGGUGACAGAGGAAGGAAAGAAGGCGAAGAUCCACAGCUCGCAGAUAGACAGAGAUCUGUACGAGUGCGCCAAGAGUGAGAUGAACGUGGUGAAGAUCCUCAUGCUGGGUGCUGCUGAAAGUGGGAAAAGCACACUGGUCAAACAGAUGAAGAUUAUCCACAGUCAUGGAUUCACCAAACAAGAGUUAGCCAGUUUUAAGCCUGCGGUGUUGGAUAACCUCCUGACCUCUAUGAAGUUUGUGCUCCAUGGAAUGGGUGUCCUUCACAUCAACCUCGCUAACAGCAAGAACAAGGUCCACGCUCACUCCGUUCUCUCGUGUGGCCGUUGCUUCGACGAAGACCAGAUGCUGUUCCCGUUCAUAGGCCACGCCCUCUGCUGUUUGUGGGCGGAUCAGGGGGUGCGGUCGGCAGCGGCGCGAGGAUACGAGUACGAACUCAAUGACUCGGCAUUAUAUUUUUUCGAGAACAUGGGCAGGGUCAUCGCUCCCAAUUACAUGCCGACAGAAACGGACAUUUUAAGAGUCCGACUGAGAACCACGGGAGUGAUCGAGACACAGUUCAAAGUCAAACACCUGGUCUUCAGAUUGUAUGAUGUUGGAGGCCAGAGGACAGAGAGGAGGAAGUGGAUCAGCUGUUUUGAGGAUGUGAGGGCCGUGCUGUUCGUCGUGGCUCUGAGUGGAUACGACAUGACGCUAGUAGAAGAUCCAUCUAUGAAUCGACUGCAGGAGAGCCUCAAGCUGUUCUCGUCAAUCUGCAAUAACAUCUUCUUCAGAAGUACUUCUAUGAUAUUAUUCAUGAACAAGAUUGAUCUUUUCCAAGAGAAGAUUCUCCACUCCGGGCGUCAUCUGCGGCAUUACCUUCCCCAGUUCAGAGGAGCUGACUGUGACGUGGAUGCUGCCGCCCGGUUCAUCGCCGCAAUGUUUGUGUCUCUCAACACGACACCCAGCAAACUCAUCUACCACCACUUCACCACAGCGACCGACACCUCCAACGUACAGGUAGUUUUCCAGGUCGUCAUGGACACCAUCAUCAAGGAGAACCUGGAGGCCGUGUCUCUGCUCUGAGAACCAUGCCUCCUUUAAAAACUCAAUAAAGACUCACGGAGGAGCCAUUCACAAUGCUGAUGGAAUUUAUUAUAUAUGAUGCUCUGAUAUUAAUCAGAAUGGAGUGACUACACACUUUUCAUGACGCAAUAACCAAAUAAAUGCCGGUUUAUAUUCUUCUUACUUAAACACAAACUAACAAAAUGACAAAAUAUCUAAUAAAAUGCAAUAAUCUUACAUAUUUUUGCAUAUGCAUAUUUUACACUGUGAAAGUAUAUAAAAUGGAUUUAAAGAGUAAAUCAUGCUCUCUUGGCGGUGGUUGAGUUGCUCGUCCGAGCAUCCCAUAAUUUUCCACCUGACAUCCCCCACUUCCUGUGUGUGCAUUACCAUGGUUAAUCAUCACUUAUAAAAUCUUUUCCCCUUGUGUACAUCUUUGCUCAACACGGUCCGUUCAGAGAUUGAACACCCUGUCAGUUCAGAAAGAGUCCAGUGUGUUGUUUUUGAGUUUUUUUUGCAUUAUGAAUCAUGUUUUGCUUUUGACUUAUUUGUGAUCCAGCACUUUUAAUAGUUGUUGAGUUUUGGUGAUUCAAUCUGAAAAGGAUUUGUUGUACCAAGGUGAGCCAAACGCACAAAUUACACACUAUGAAGUCUAUAUGAAGCAUAAUCAUACCUGUAGCAAGUUUUUUUUUUUUUGUAAAUACAUUUGAAAUAAUGUUGCUUUAUCCGUUUAUUCAUUGAGAUUUGGUUGAUAUAAAAUGUAUUUUUGCUAUUUAAAUGCUGUAUAUUGCGCCACUUUUUAAAAGUAUUCAAGUUAAAUUCUAGUUACACUUUUGUGAAUGCAAAAAAGCCACUGUGAAUAGAAACAUCAUUAAAAACUAACAUUAAUGUGUUUGAUAUUUUGUUUUGUGCUGAUUUCUCACACAAUGAACGGUAUAAAACAAAUCACGUCAGCGCAAAUGCACAACA